AUGGUGGAUCCAUCUGAAAGCUGGCGGAAGCUGCCGUUCCUGAACAGAAUGAAGUCCCAUCCCAAGGUUCUGUAUGAGAUCCCGGUUGAGUUUGUGUCCAACUCUGCUGCUCCUGGUUCUGGAGUGGUCCCCCACACCGAGGGGGGGCCACAGGACUCUGGGCUGGACGCCCGGCUGGAGAGGAUUGUGGACAAAACGGCCACCAAAGGACGCCACGUCAAGGUGUCUCCGUCUGGGAGGUUCAAGGAGAAGAAGAGAGUUCGAGCCACGCUGGCGGACAACCCAGAGAUAUUUACUGGAGAGUCCAGCAGGGACCAGAAUCAGAGGGCCAGGAAGUGA